AUGGCGGGCGCGAAGAAGGCCAAGGGGAAGAAGGCCCGAUCAGCGCAACCUGCGCCGCCUGCACAGCCGGCGCCAUCGGUCCCAACCACUAACGCACACGACGCCUCUCAAGCAGCCGGAGCCAGCUCUGCUCCGUCGGCACUUACUCCAGCUCGGCCCAAGCUUCAUGCCUAUGUUGACGAGGUUGGGCUGCAGCGAGUUGGAGGCGAUUUCUUCGUAUCGCAGUUCAAGCUCAAAAAUCAGCUGCUCGUGGCGCGACUGCUCCUCUCCCUUAUGAAGGAGAAUGUCAUGGUCGUUCCCGAGACGGCCAAGUGCGUCUCUUGCCGCGAUGAGGCACUUCCUUGCGUCGUCGAGGGGCAUCAGUAUUGCACUGGCUGCGACACCUCAUCCAAAUCAAAACGCUCGACGUGUAGAUUCACCAGGAGCGCCAAGGACCAAGUGGCCGAGAAGAUCGUGGACGACUUGUUGAAGAAGAGCGAGAAGUCGCGUGCCAAGGAGCGACGCGUUGCUCGACUUGAGCUCAAGGCGUUCGAGUCGACUCGGAAGGACUGGAUCGACAAGAUUGUGCCAGACUGUCCUGAUGCGUGGAUCGGACCUGAGGUGGAAGACGAAGACGACACGGACGGCGAGGAGGCCGACGGCGUUCAAGAGGGCCAGGACGCCCAGGACAACGAGGAGGAAGCGGGCACCUCGCAGGAUCACCAUGCUUCGACGAGCGGCAAUGUGCCCGACAGCGACGAUGGGUCGGCUGCAGAGGGGUCCUCGGGGCAGGGUGACGACUCGGGUGGACCGCCGCCGGAUGUGGGGGCGGAUGACAACGAAGGAGGAGAGCCGGAGAAGAAGGAGGUGGAGGAGAACCAAUUGGGCGACGACGAGGACGACGAACUCGUCGACGAGCAGGUCGUGUACGUGCCCCUCGAGGCGGAAGAAGACGAGCUGGCCAACGACGACGUCCAGGUCAAGUCCGAGCCAGUGGAGCCCGGCGACGACGACGAGCCGGGUUCACCCGCCCAAACGGCCCCAACCAACGAUGAAGACGACGACGACUUUGUGUUUGACUUCCGGUGCCUCGGCAACCGGUUCGACAGGGCGCUGCAGCACGACGAGGUGGGGUACGUCGUGGCGCCAGACCCCUCGCAGAUGGGCUACAGUUUUGAAUUGGGGACGGGUAUGGCACAGCUCCUCGUGCCCCCGCGGGCGGUGGCGGUUCUCGACCGCGUGGAGGUUAUCACGGCGAGCAUUGUCGCGCUGCUCCACGGGAAGCGUCCCACAGCGAACAGUAUCGAGGUCCCGCGGUUCAUGUACCGCGUGCGCGUACCGUGUACGCAUUGCAACGACCAGGGAGACGACUGUGUAGUUGCCAAAGUGCCUAUCGCGGACGGUCACCUGGACCUCGAGUGGAUGCGCUGCUUGUCCUGUCGGAACCAUCGUGUCCGCUGUAGUUGGUUUGAUCUGGAGGGCCGGGACGACAUGGUGGCGAUCACCAGGGUCGUCGACUUUGAGUAG